UAAAGUUCAGAGUACAGUGUUGACCGAUAAACAGUCGAAUACUACGUUGCGAUGGUUGUCAAGUUCUUGUAGAAGUGGAAGAAAAAACUCAAGAGAAUAUGAGAAAUUGAUAACAAAGGAAAUAAUGUCAAGUAACUUUGGGAAACAUUCAACAUUGUAUUUUUCCUACGGAUUUUACUUGCCCUUGGUCAUCAGUCAAACAAGUCGAAUAAGAAAGUCAUCAAACGAUAUAUCAAAGUGUGGGUUCCACGAGAACAUAUUUUGGGGCCUGUACAAAAAAAGUGUUCAUUUAAGGUGUGUUUGAAUAACAGAUGGUUCGGUAGUUCAAGGAUUCCAAUGAGGCGGAAAUGGAAAAAACCUGAUACUUGGUAUAGCACGAAUUGUAUUGUCAAGGAUUUUUUUGACGUCCAAAUUUGACUAACCCUAAAACAAAAUGAAAGUGAAGUAUUUCAAUACCAGUUUGAUUUCUCUGAAAUGCGUUUUGUUCCUAGUGUUCGGGGCUAUAGGGAGCCUCUUCCCUUUUCUACCCCUCCACAUGAUAACUCUAGGGCUAUCCAAAGACGAAUCGAUAUUGAUAUCGAUAAUAUCACCAGCAGUGGCUCUGUUAGGGCCCCUUGUGGCAGCUCCUUUAGCAGAUAGGCUCGCUGGUGGAUUUGGUGGAGCGCAAAGAAGUAAAACAGGAAGAUACCUCCGGGUGAUGAUAGCAGCAUGUUUAGUGCUGGCGACGAUUUUUUAUUGGCUACUGAUUUUAGUGCCUCCAAUUAUGAGGAACCCACCUAAGGCAUCUUUUGCUUGUGAUGGAGAAGGAGGAUUCAUUCUUCAAGACCGCUGUGGAGCAGAUAAGACUUGUUACGAUUGGGGCACUAGUAAAGGAUCUGUUUUGGUAAAAAACUGCGAGUUUUCCUGCAAUGCCACAUCAGCUUACUCCAAAGAAGUAACAACAAUGCCACCAAAAGAUGAAAGUGUCGAAUUUAAUGAAGAAAGUGAUUAUUAUGACAGUGGAGACGGACCUAUAGUGGAACCAGAUGGAUCAUAUUUCACUACUCCUCCUCCUAUAUCGAACGACAGUAUAAUAUUCAUUCCGCACCCACACAUGUGCUACACAAAUUCCAGCGGGGACAUCGUUUGUGAAGUUUACACCGAGUUUUCGAAACCAAUUGAUUUUAGGAUAGGUCUGAAACCCAAUAUCGACAACGAUACAGAGGGAACCUGCAAAUAUCCAUUCAUUGACGGAUUUCAGUGCAGAAUCAACUCGGCCAUUCGGAAAAACUUAACAAACGACGGUGAAUAUGAUUGUCAGCCCGUCGUACUCUGCGAAAUUCACAACGCUUACACGAACAAAGACAGUUUACUCAAAAAAUCCCAAUGCGGUUACGAUAGCUUUUGGCUGUACCUCUUUCUCCGAUCCGUAGCCGAUAUUUUUCCUGCAGCAGCUUCCGUACUAAUCGGUACUGCGGUGGUGAUAGCAACAAGAGAAACCUCGACAGGUAGAGGUGAUGUGGGUAAGCAGUUUGCAGCUGGAGCUCUUGGAUUCGGGAUUUUCGCUCCCAUCAUAGGAGGAGCAGCCAAUGGAAGGUUUUUAGAUGCCAUGAUAUGUUUUACUGUUCUCAUGUUAAUUGCUGUCGUGAUUCUUCUAUUCGACAGCAAAAUGCCUCUGAGUCCUCCAGAGUGGUGGUGGCACACCAGAUGUGGUCUUCUUGCUCUUCCAAUGUCAGCUGUCAGAAAGUAUGGACUCGAAACAGCAGCCCUCGCCGUUAUUCUGUUUCUUCUUGGUGUGUUCUGGAAUGCUAUAGAUUCCUACUUACCUUGGCACGUCGUAAGAAUAACGGAUGGAGAGCCACUCAUGAUAGGUCUGACUUUAACGAUAGGAGCCCUUCCAGCUGUGAUAUUCCUUGUAUUCGCAGAAAGAAUAGUGGAUUAUUGCGGUCAUAACAAUAUCCUUAUCUUUUGUUUCGUCAACUAUAUUUGGCAUCAUAUAGCCCUCAUGUUCAUCGAUAACGCAGCUUACCUCCUUUUCUGCGAAUGGAUGGAAAUUUUUACUCUUCAUAUAAUGUACAUUACCGCCGUCCUUUACUUGAGACACUUGGUUCCACGAAAAUUCACCGCCUGUGGACAAGCACUGCCAAUAGUUGCUCACUUCUGUUUAGGUCGGAGUAUUGGUUCUCUUCUUGGAGGAAUGGCGUACACUGAAUACAACUCCGAAUACACCUUCCAAAGAGUUAACGGAGGUUUUGCAGUCGCGGCGUGCUCCGUGGCUAUCUUUUACUUCGUCAUUUACCAUUUCUAUUUGAAACCCAAAUGUGCUCCGCCCAUGCACUUGCCUCCCGAACCUGCCCCUGCAGUCAUCCAAAAUAUGAAUGGAAAUGGAUCUUACACUCCUCUAAGAGUAUACCACAACAGCAAAUCGAAGAAAGGACACUUCAGAUAUUAGUUACUUGUUUAACUUACCUUUAAGUGAAACAGCUUUACUUAUUUUUGUAAGAUUUCGCGAAUCUCCGGCGUAACUUUUAAGUUACUUCACCUAACUCCAUCUUAUAUAUUUUCGAAGUAUAUUAUAGGAAACAAGUUUCGAAGAUGAGCUCUGGUGAGUUGGAUACUAAAUGGAACUCUUGAGUCUGACGUUACGCAUCAGCUUCUUUCGAAACGUUUGAUAUGCUAUGGCAGCCUGUCUAUGAAUCAAAGGAGGAAAAAUAUAGAAUAGUUCCCUUUAUUUCAUGCUCCAAGCUUUGUAGACACCCAUAAUCUUUGUCACUUAUAGAAUAUAGGUAACUGAACUCUGUACAUCAAACAAAAUAACCUAAACAAUAAUAGAUACGUGAUCACCACGCUCAUUUGAAUCAAUUGGGUAAAAAAAACAAGCCUCCUUGGGCAGGCCAAUCAGAUUUAACUGUCACCGACUGGCGCAAUUCAUUCAGUUAUAUCAGUACAGAAUCGGAGUGGUGAGUUACGUUUUAACGUAACGUAAUUUUUAAAAUGUCAAGUACCGAUACGGCUGAAGAAACUACUGAUUUGUAUACCUGCACUCCACCUAAAAAAAAUCCUAUACCCUUUAAGAAAAAUAAAUUUUCGGUCAUUCCUUGAUGCGACUCUGUACAAACAGCCUUGAUUGGGUGAUGCACUCUGCAUGAUAAUGUUUUGGAGCACUCGAGCACUCUGUGCUUGUAUGCACAGAGUAUAUAUAAUUUUCCCCACCUUAUAAAGUAAUGAAACAAUUCAAGUCCGUCAAUUAACGAUUUUUUUUUAUUAUAAUGUUUGUAUGUACUCGUAUGUAUACCUAUAUGUUAAUUCUGUCAAAUCUUUCUACUGAAUUUUGAAGCAGUCAUCCUCAACUCAGUUGAAAUUUCACACGUUUUGUUUGGUUGACAGUCCAUGGGCUAAGUGACGUCAUUCAUUCUACAUCUAAUAUGACGGACCGUCCAAGCUGGCGUACCUAUUAGUUUUUUACGUUCUUUAUUGAUGUAGGUAUCAAAAGAAAGGCUUUUCUGAAAAGAAUACGAGCGCUCGAGAUGGCUGACUAUUUUUUUACCAUAUUGAUACCCAUGAUACGGGUAUCAAUAUGGUGAACCGCCUAUGAUGGCGAUCCGUCAUAUUGGAGAUACAUUCUAUAUAUUUUCUGUCUCUUAAGUUUCGGAAGCCUACAGAACAUGAUAUCUUCAUUUAUCAUAUUGACACUGCCAACAUAGAAGGGAAAGUCUACAUUUAUUUAGUUUGGGUUUACUCUUCAGUAGGUAGGUAGCUAUUGAUUGUAUAGAAUAUAUUUAUACCCAAAAAUCGAAUUGAAAUAAUGAAUAAGUUCAGGCUGAACUACUUCUUCAAAGUAAUGUUCCAUAAAUAUAUUCAUUAUUUUUUUGAUUCUCUCAUAUCUUUUUAGGCAUGCUUUAUACUUUCUGUUGUAAAUUUUUUUAUUAUGAAUUUUUGUAUUUAUUUGUUUUUUACUAUCAAACAUUUAUAAGAAUACAGUUAAUAAAUGUUGAUUCAAUA